AGUUGCACUGCUGAUGAUCAGACAACGGCGAAGCGUCAUUUUAGCGUUAGGCGCUUCGUUUUUUUUUUAAUUCCUCAUUUUAAUUUUUAUACGGAGCAAUUUCCAACGACAUGGAGGUUAAACGUAGAAAGUUAACAACAGAAAAUGCAGAUAUCUAUCAAGUGGAACCGAAGACACGUCCCAAAAGGGGUCAUCCGGGCAGAAGAUACUUUCUGGUUGUUGCCUUGUUGGGUUUCCUCUUUUUGGGAUACAUAGCAAUAUCGUAUGACCUAAAACCGGUACGUUUUGGCAGCAAGGCAAUCGAUACAUUGGCUUUAUCUUUGAGUCUGCAAUCAAGAUUUUACGUUGUAGUAGUUGAUGCAGGCUCUACUGGCAGUCGUGCACUAGCUUUCAGCUUUUACGAGUCUAUUCUUGGUGGCAACUUGAUACUAGAUGGUGAACAUUACUUUCAAACAAAACCAGGUCUCAGUGCUUAUGCAGACAGGCCUAAAGAUGCGGCCAAAUCUCUUACUGUACUGCUGGACAAAGUGAAAGCAGUCAUUCCACAGUUAGAAUGGCAACACACUCCUCUCAGCAUGAGAGCCACUGCUGGUUUGAGACUUCUUCCGGGACAUAAAGCUCAAGACAUACUACAAGAAUGUAGAACAUUAUUCGAAGAUUCUGGUUUCCAAGUUUCUAAAAAUUCAAUUUCUAUAAUGGAGGGAACAGACGAAGGUAUUUUCUCUUGGUUCACCGUAAAUUUCCUACUGGAACGAUUCAGUAUACACAAUCCUGGGAAUACUGUUGCCGCUUUGGAUCUUGGCGGAGGUUCAACACAAGUCACUUUUUCACCUACCAUUUUACAGGAAAAGAAACUCGAUGGACACGUAUACUCCGUUAACAUCUUUAACCAUAACAUGAGUGUGUACACGCACAGUUACUUGGGGAUGGGUCUUAUGGCUGCUAAGAAAGAGAUUCUAACUCAUGGAAAGAACCUGGAGAACGUGAAUCCACGGGAAACUGUAGAAAUACGAUCCGAAUGUAUAAAUCCCAUAGUCUCCACUGAAUGGAGAUACGGAGCACUUAAUUACCUAGUCAAAGGUCCCCUCAACGGAACACAUAAAUUGGUGAAGAAUCAAAAUUUCGCUGGUGGAGAGGUGGACCGGCCAAUCGUAAACUUUUCAGAAUGCCUAAAAAUCAUUGAGAAAUAUGUCAAUGGAGUUAAAAAUAAACCAGAGGGUCUAAAGGAUCACGAGAUCUAUGCAUUUUCUUAUUACUUUGAUCGUGCGACAGAGGUUGGUCUUGUGGAUCCCUUUUUCGGCGGUGUCGUCCAAGUAAGCGCAUUUCUUAAACAGGCAAUGGAUGCCUGCGAUUAUCCGAAUACUGAUCAACCUUUCAUUUGUCUUGAUUUAACAUUCAUUUAUGUCCUCCUUCGUGAUGGAUUUGGCUUGGAACCCACUACAAAACUAUAUCUGUACAAGAAGAUAAAUGGACACGAACUGAGUUGGGCUCUCGGCGCUGCCUUCAAUAUAAUUCAGAAUGGUCUUUAA